AUCGUCUGCUAACUUUCCGCUAGUUCUGAAAUUUAAAGAGUCAGAUCAGCUGGCUCUGUAGAUCGGCAAAAACAACGCGAUUUUUCGCUUCACUGCAGCGAUGCCGAUUACCGAGGGAAGCCAGGAGCAAAAGUUGUUGAUAAGAGGACACUAAAAGAAGAGAGGGGUCUCUGCAAUUCAUCGAAUGCGCCCGAAAAGAGGGACUUCGGACGCAACGUGACGUGUUUAAACCCCCCUCCCCAUCUGGCGUUUGGUCGCAAGCGCAAGCAACAACAAACGUCAACAGAACCCUUUUUACGUCAACUUAACGUUUAGAGAAGUUAACUUUUGAAUUGUGUGUCAAUCAUGCGUAGUGGUUAAGGGAAUCACUUGACUUUUGAACCCAUUUCAAGUCCGGAAAUCCGAGUGAAAGUACUUCUAGUAUUUUGCUCGGUGAGUGACGCAUUUUGGAAAGUGUGAAAAACAAAACUGUCACCAUGAUCAUUGUGGAAGCGAGACUGGACAGAACUGUGUACUUGGCAGGAGAAGUACUGGAGUGUUUCGUGUCGUUCACCAACCAGACGCCAGAGGGUGCAGUCCCACUCAACAGUAGUGACAGUGAGUCCUUGGCCUGGGCCAGUGCCCAGCUGCACUGCCAGUGUAGUGUGAGUGAGGCCCGUGUGGUGUGGCCUGGGGAGGACACUGGGGAGGUGCCACAUGGACAGGAGGGGAGUGACACCGUCUUCAUCCCCAGCAGAGGUGAGCGGGGUCACACAGUCCUGUCCACUUCUCCCAGAAUCCUUUUCUGUGACUUGAAGCUUCACAAAGGAGAGACCAAAACUUACUUGUACAGAGAGGUGAUCCCACGUGAAGCCCCUCCCUCCUACAGAGGUCACUCCGUCAAGUACUCCUACAAGGUCACCAUCGGCACACAGAGAGUCGGUGCCCCAACCAAACUGUUGAGAGUACCUUUCAGGGUUCUUGUAGUUUAUGAUUUGGGAGAUCCCACUGUAUACGAGGAGGUGCCUCCCAGUAACCCCUUCCUGGAGGAGCAGAGGCAGGAAGGGUCUCUGUUAGAACUGGCCGGCCAGGUCCUCACAACCAUCACCGGCAGGAAAUCACCCAAUGUGUACAACAUAACUAACCAGAGAGGAACAGUGGGGAAGUUCACACUGUUCAAGUCAGCAUACAGAAUAGGAGAGGACAUUGUGGGCAGCUUUGACUAUGCUGGUGCUUCAGUUCCCUGUAUGCAGUUCACUGUGACGUUACAAAGCGAGGAGCACAUAGCGGAGGAGUGUCGCCGGAAGCCGAGCCAGGCCGUGGCCACCAUGUCCUUCAGCCGCCAUCACGAGUUCUGUCUGCACACGCAGCGAGGCCACAUGAUCCUGCCCAUCCCGCUGUCAGCCACACCCUCCUUCAUGACAGAUAUAGUGACAGUGAAGUGGAGACUCCACUUUGAGUUUGUGCUUGCCUGUAGUCCCAUCUCCCAACCAGAACUUCCCACCAGCCAAUCAGAGUCCACCACAUGGCAAGGGCCAAGCAGUGUCGCCGUGGAUACCAUGGUUUGGGACCUGCCAAUCAAAGUCCUACCAACCAAUCCGCUACAAGCCACUGCAGUGUCAUUGAUCAAGUCAUCUAGCAGUAUUAAAGUGUGACUUGUACAGUCUAUUUGUAUUUAAUCAUAUACCUGUCAAUACAAGGUGCCUUUAACCAACCAGCUCAUCGCAAUGUAAACUGUUGCAAAACUUACAUUAUGAACAUGUAAAUGUAAGCAUUAGGGAUCUAAUCGUAACACAAUGGCCAUUAAUAUGUUAACAAGAAGACAUACAUCUUACAGCCUUGUUAGGUAAUUAUCAAUUGUAUAAAAGGUUUUAAUAUUACGGUAUACCAUAUUGCAAUAAAACAUUCUUAGCCUUACA